CUCCUGCUUCUUCCUUCUUGUGUCUCUAUCUGGGUUUCCCUCUCUUUCGGUAACGCGGCCACCAAGAUGAGCGCUAGGGUUUCGAUCCCGGGGAGUGUGCGGAGGACGAUCCAGGACAUCAAAGAGAUCGCAAGGAACCACAGCGAUGAGGAGGUCUACGCAAUGCUCAAGGAGUGCGCCAUGGAUCCCAAUGAGACAGCACAGCGCCUUCUACUCCAAGAUACAUUUCAUGAGGUCAAAAGAAAGCGUGACAAGAGAAAGGAGAACUCCAAAGAAUUUACAGAUUCUAGAUGGAGACCAGGUUUGCAAGGAAGGGGAAACAGGGGUGGGAGAGGAAGUUUUUCUGCUCGCUAUGUAGCAAAUGAGGUGAACAGUGGAAGGUAUGCUGGCGAAAAAGAAAAUAGAAUUAAUCAAAGCACAGAGAAAAACACUGGAUCUACUCCAUCUCCCAUUAUGCAUGAUGCUGAAAUUAAGUCCACAACUCCGUUACAAAGCUCUGUAGGUGUACUUGCCAAUGGUCCUUCAAAUGCAGAAAGUUUGAUGCCACCACAAGGGCAUAUCUCUCAAGAAGUUGGUGUCAAUUGUAUCAUAAAAACAGAAGAAAAUUCUGCUACUGAAUCUAUCAAGAAAGGGCCCCUGGCUGAUGCUAAAAUUAAUACUGCAUCAAGGCCAUCUUUUCUGGGUUCUGAGUCUCCUGAUCAGCUUCAGUCAGCCAUGAGGUCAGCACCUGUUGCUGGGGUCUAUGCUUCAGCUUCAGACCCUGUUCUAGUGCCAAGCUUUGACACACGUGCUCCAGCUUUAGUGGGUACAAUCAAACGUGAAGUUGGGAAUAAGCAACCGGUUGAAAAAGCCUUUAAUAGUGUUGUAUCGCAUGAUGUUGCUGAUUCUGCAUUACCAUCCAUAGGCUCAAAAGAGUCUUCAGAAUUGCAAAAUAAUCACAUGCAUGGAAAGUUGCUAGGUAAAGAACCUGCAGUUGAAGCAAACCAACAAUUGGAUGCACCACAGGAUGCAUCAUCUUCUCUUGUUAGUUCUGCGGGCAGCAGGCCAUCUUCUAAUUACAGCAGCCAUUCACAACAGCAAAGUGCUCCUCAUAAAGUUGGUGCAGGUAAGGAAUGGAAAGCAAAGCCAACUCAAGUAAACUCAGCUCAAGUCUCGGGGGUGCAGGCCACUUCUGACAUUGUAUCUGUCCCAGCAGAAGCUGUUGGUAGAUUACUACCUCCAUCAAGUUCUACAGGUUCAGAUGAUGCUUUGCCAAAACUCCAAAAGAAGCUAGAAGAUCUGCAUUUCUCUGACACUAAGCUUGUGAUUAUUCCUAACCACCUUCAAGUUCCAGAAUCUGAAAGAUCUGGGUUUAGUUUUGGUAGCUUUGAUGCAAAUUUUGGACUCAAUACCCACUCUAGAAAUCGCGCUGACAGUGAAAAGAGCUCUACACCACUGUCUGAGACAUCACAAGAGAUUGAGGAAAAUGUUGAGGAGCCUUCUUCAAGCAUUCAAGUUCCACCUCCAACCACACAAGAAGCGGCAGCUUAUCCUGAGGACCCUCAUUCAUCCACAGAGAAACUAGAAAAUUUGUCAUUGAUGGGAGCUGGUAUUUCCUCAGGAGGCCCUGACAUACAAGAGUAUGAUCAGUCUAAACCAGAAUCAACUUUGGCUUCAGAAGGCCCUCAACACUCGGUUAUCCAUACGACACCAACCUAUUCAACUUUGGGUUUGGUACCGCAAAUGCUUAGCCAAUUUGCUACCUUUGAGGGCACUGAGAAUCAGCCACGUGAUGCCUCUCGGCUCCCUAGCUUUGUUCUUCAGCAUCAUUUUGAUCCUUCUGCAAGUUACUAUACUCCAUUUUAUCGGCCUCCCAUUGAUGGUGAUGGUCGCUUCUCUCCCUUCCUUCCACCUGGUGCUGCUGCUAAAUUCAAUGGGAACAUUGCAGUUGUACCGGCUCAGACUGGGCAGUCUCCACAAGAGAGUGGGAAUUCUUUGGUUGUUUCUUCGGCUGUGCCAACUCCAGUUGCCACCCAAGCUGCUGGAGUCAUACAGAGUUCCAUUCCUGUUACUCAGCAACCUGUUCCUGUGUUUCGGCAACCAGCUGGUGUACAUAUAUCACAUUAUCAUCCGAACUACUUGCCAUAUAGUCAGUAUAUCUCGCCGUUUUUUGUUCCUCCAGCUAAUAUUCACCCUUUCUUGAGCAAUGCCGCAUUCCACCAGCAGCCGCCCACUGGUGGCAUAUUUACACCUGCAGCACCAGCACCUUCUGCCACCCCUGUCAAGUAUACAAUUUCUCAAUUCAAGUCUGGAACUAACAGUGGGAACUCAACUCACGUUGGAAUGCCUACUGGGUAUGGAACAUAUAACUUGAACACAGCUGGCUAUAGUCCCAACCCUACUGUGACUACUGGAAACUCUACAAGCAAUGAGGAUCUUACUUCAUCCCAGUUCAAGGAAAAUAAUGUCUAUAUGACAGGGCAACAGCAGAGCGAAGGUUCGGCAGUUUGGAUUCCUGCUCCAGGACGAGAUAUUCCUGCCCUGCAACCGAGUUCUUUCUACAGCCUGCCUCCUCCGGGCCAGCCCUUGUCAUUUGCACCGUCUCAAGCUGGCCAUGGUGCUUUCACAGGGAUCUACCACCCCACCCAGACAGUUGCAGCCACUGCAGUUCAUCCGCUACUCCCACAAUCUCAGCCUAUGUCCGGUGCAGUUGAAAUGGUGGGGCCUCCUGCUGGUGUUUAUCAACAGCAACAGCGUGCACAGAUCAAUUGGACUAAUAACUACUGAGAAAGCACAUCUUUUGUUAGCAGUAGCCACAAAAGCAAACAUACACAGACCAUAGGAAUGGAGUUUCCAGUUUUCCAAUUGGAUUCAGUCAGAAGACAUCAGAUUUGCAUUCAUAAGAGAUGGCCUGGAAGGAGAUUGUAUAUAUAUAUAUUUAAAGGAUGGUUGAAAUGUAGGGAAGGGCUCCAGAUUUCUCAAGGGAAAAUUGAGUGAACUCCACCUCUGACUCAUAUUAACCAUUUUAAAGUUGGUAAAGAUGUUUAGUCUCGUCUAGUCUGGCCGGGUCUGGGUCUGUGCAGGUUGCAUGCUAUUGCUCUUUGAAUUUUCUUUAAUCACUCCCCUCCUUUCCCAGUGUUUGUGUUUUGUUCUUUUAGCUCUCUUCAUCUCCCUUUUGGUUCAUAGAUAUAAUAACUUUUGUGAGGUAAGCUUUUCUUAAGUCUAGUGGGGUUUUCAGUGUCCCCCUGCCACUACAUGUAAAGUAAAUUUUGGUAGUAAGAGUAUGUGUUUACUAAGUUUGUAUUCGGUGCAAUGGGAGCAACAGCAACAACAGCAGCAGCAGCAGCAGUGCAACACCUUCAUUUGGUUGUUUUGCCUAAUUUACAUUAUUGUGGAUAUUUCUAUUUCUCUUUUUGACUUCAUAGGACUUUGUCAUUCUCCGAAUGCAACAACUUUCCUUUUUAUUGAACAAAGUCACAGAAACAAUCUUUACAUUUUUUUCCCUA